AGAUGCGAAGCUUGCUUACGUCUCCUUCAUUACUAGAAAGUCGCUUGUCGCUCAGCUUUUCGGUGCAUAUCUGUGGCAGAGAGGCUGGAGGGAGAUUGAAGAAGAAGAAGCCUUCACUUGAUGUUAGAGUCGGGCGGCGAGAUGAGACAACAGAGCUUCGUUAUCGAAACCAAGAACGGCCGCAGAAAGCGACUCAAAGUUCGGCGACUGAAGUACACGUGUCAAACGAAGGUCGAGGUGGAGAUCACCGGCGGCCACAAGGAAUAUGGUUCUUCGGAGUUGAAGAGAAAAGAGAAAGAUGUUGGUGUUCCGGUUAAGGUUUUGUCUGUGUCAUUUUCGUCUACAGAAAACGACAUCGUCUUGUCGAGUAGUUCCGGUUCCGGAUCGGACGAGAGACGGAAAACGAGUGGUGGUGAGAGUUUGGAAACGUUGGGAAGGGGUACGUACGGCGUCGUUUCGGUGCAGGGGAGGAGGAAGGUGAUGGAAGAUGCAGUCAGAGCGGAGGUAGGGUUUCCGGUGAACGGAUCACGUGGGAAGUUUGACUUCUUUGGGGUGUAUGACGGGCACGGUGGGGCUGACGUGGCGAGGGCUUGCAGAGAUAGGAUGCAUGAGGUGGUGGCGGAGGCAGUGGAACUGGAACGGAUUAAAAAUAAUAAGAAAGAUCAGGUGGAUUGGGAUUGGGAGAGGGUGAUGGAGGUGUGUUUUGGUAAAAUGGAUGAGGAGGUGAGUGGGAUCGCGGCGGCCAGGACGGUUGGGGCUACGGCGGUUGUGGCGGUGGUGAGUGAGGAUCAGGUGGUGGUGGGAAAUUGCGGUGAUUGUAGGGCUGUUUUGUCGAGAGGUGGUGUUGCCUUGGCCUUGUCUAGUGACCAUAAGCCUGACAGAGUGGAUGAGUUGAAGAGAAUUGAAGCUGCGGGUGGAAAAAUCAUCAAUUGGAAUGGAAACCGUGUUCUCGGGGUGCUUGCCACUUCCAGAUCCAUUGGUGACAAAUACAUGAGGCCAUAUGUGAUAUCAAAACCAGAGGUGACGGUGACGAAACGAACUGAGGAGGAUGAAUUCCUCAUCCUCGCCAGUGAUGGGCUGUGGGAUGUUAUAUCGAACGAGGUGGCGUGUAAGGUUGUGAACAAGUGCCUUGAUGGAAGAAUAAGGAGAAUUUCCAUACAUGGGGAGGAUCAUCAUCAUGAUCAUGUCCGAAGUCGCAGUACGUCUGAGGCAGCAGCUGUCUUGGCUGAUCUGGCUAUGGCUCGGGGAAGCAAAGAUAACAUCAGUGUGAUUGUUGUCGCCCUAUCAAAAACGAGCUAGCGCUACUUUUUUAUUUUAUAGCAAAUAGAGGCUAUAUGUAUAUACUUCAUAAGCUCAUAUUCUUUACCCCUUUAUUAUUCGUUUUAAUUGGAAAUGUGAGCACUUUUUCCUGUGUGGACUGUGUUGUUAGCUAUAUAUAUGCUUCAUUAUUUUCGAUGGAAUGUAUAAUAUCUUCAAAAUACUUACUCU